GUGACGGCGUCCGUCGGCGGGGCUUAAGCGGAAGCCGACCGGGUUGGCCUGCAGGGGGGCGAGGGCGAGGGCGGGGGCGGGGGAGCAAGAUGGCGGCGCACCUGUCCUACGGGCGAGUGAACCUGAACGUGCUGCGCGAGGCGGUGCGUCGCGAGCUGCGCGAGUUCCUGGACAAGUGCGCGGGAAGCAAGGCAAUAGUUUGGGAUGAGUACCUCACAGGACCGUUUGGCUUGAUUGCACAGUAUUCACUACUGAAGGAACAUGAAGUGGAAAAAAUGUUCACGCUUAAAGGAAGUCGUUUGCCAGCAGCUGAUGUCAAGAAUAUAAUUUUUUUUGUCCGACCCAGGCUAGAAUUGAUGGAUAUAAUUGCUGAAAAUGUGCUCAGUGAAGACAGACGUGGCCCAGCAAGAGAUUUCCAUAUUUUGUUUGUGCCACGACGUAGCUUGCUGUGCGAACAGCGGUUGAAGGAUCUGGGUGUUUUGGGAUCCUUCAUUCAUAGAGAGGAGUACAGCCUGGAUCUCAUCCCAUUCGACGGGGAUCUUUUAUCCAUGGAAUCAGAAGGUGCAUUCAAAGAGUGCUACCUGGAGAGUGACCAGACCAGCCUAUACCACGCAGCCAAGGGGCUGAUGACCCUGCAAGCUCUGUACGGCACGAUCCCCCAGAUCUUUGGGAAAGGAGAGUGCGCCCGGCAAGUGGCCAAUAUGAUGAUCAGGAUGAAGAGAGAGUUCACAGGAAGCCAAAACUCAAUAUUUCCCGUCUUUGAUAACCUCUUGUUGCUCGAUCGGAACGUGGAUUUGUUAACGCCUCUUGCCACUCAGCUGACGUAUGAGGGACUCAUUGAUGAAAUUUAUGGCAUUCAGAACAGUUACGUGAAGUUACCUCCAGAGAAAUUCGCACCUAAGAAGCAGGGCGAUGGUGCUAAGGAUCUUCCCACGGAAGCAAAGAAGCUUCAGCUGAAUUCUGCGGAGGAGCUGUAUGCUGAGAUCCGAGAUAAAAACUUCAAUGCAGUGGGCUCCGUGCUUAGCAAGAAAGCCAAGGUGAUCUCUGCGGCCUUUGAGGAAAGGCACAACGCCAAGACAGUUGGGGAAAUCAAGCAGUUCGUUUCGCAGCUGCCCCACAUGCAGGCAGCGAGAGGCUCACUCGCCAACCACACGUCGAUUGCAGAGUUAAUCAAAGAUGUCACUACUUCUGAAGACUUCUUUGAUAAACUAACAGUGGAGCAGGAGUUUAUGUCUGGAAUAGACACUGAUAAGGUCAACAGUUACAUCGAGGAUUGUAUUGCCCAGAAGCACCCGCUGAUCAAGGUGUUAAGACUAGUUUGCCUCCAGUCCGUGUGCAAUAGUGGGCUCAGACAAAAAGUUUUGGAUUAUUACAAAAGAGAAAUCCUGCAGACUUAUGGCUAUGAGCACAUACUGACCUUACACAACCUGGAGAAGGCGGGCCUGCUGAAACCACAGACCGGGGGCCGAAACAACUACCCAACCAUCCGGAAAACCUUACGCCUCUGGAUGGAUGAUGUAAAUGAACAAAAUCCCACAGACAUAUCCUACGUGUACAGUGGCUAUGCCCCGCUCAGUGUGCGGCUGGCCCAGCUGCUCUCCCGGCCCGGCUGGCGGAGCAUCGAGGAAGUUCUCCGCAUCCUCCCGGGGCCCCACUUCGAGGAGCGGCAGCCACUGCCCACGGGACUGCAGAAGAAACGUCAGCCAGGAGAAAACCGAGUCACUCUGAUAUUUUUCCUCGGGGGUGUGACCUUUGCUGAAAUUGCUGCCCUGCGGUUCCUUUCCCAGUUGGAAGAUGGAGGUACCGAGUAUGUAAUUGCCACCACUAAACUGAUGAACGGGGCCAGCUGGAUAGAGUCGCUCAUGGAAAAACCUUUCUAGGGCGUUCAAAGUAGACUGACAAGGGAACUGCGGAAUAAACUGCUCCUUUGAAGAAGCUGCUGGAAGGAAGUACAGCCCCGUAAAGGAAUAACACCAGAAUGCAGAAUUGCCGUUGGGGUCAGCUUCUUAAAUUAUGCUGUUUUCUCCUUUCUGCUUCUCUUUUGUGUCCCUAAUUUCUUAAAGAAGAAUGGAAGAGAAUCCACCUGGGUAAAAGAAAUACCAGUUUUUAACGCUCUGAAAAUCUUCAUUAGGGACCUCUGGAAAUAUUUAAGGAUGUUGGGGAUGGGUAAUCUGUACAGCUGCACAGAUGGGGUAGUUCUUAAGAAAGCAGGGACCAAGUAGGUAAAAAUGAAAAUAAAAGGGGAAAGUCCAACCUCUAAUAAAUAGUGCUGAAUUUCUUGAAAGCACGUCAUGCCCAGGGCAGCGGUUAAGUGCUGGGGCCUAGAGCUGCUGCAAUCACGGAGGUGAGAUUUCCUCUUCUGCAGAGCUUGUACCCUCAGUGUCACCAGUCUCUGUCUUAUCUAGUUAUUAAGGCAAGUUGUGGUGCCUUCCGUUUUCAAUUCUUGUUUCUAUUAAGUAGGAGGUUUGGGGGAGCUUCUUUCCCCAGAACAAAGUUUAUGAUCUCUCUGAUCCACCGCCACGUCAGUGUGGGUCCCAUACUGAGCAAGGGCUUUUCACACUGAGGAGCGUAAUAGUUAGGAAGCGGCUUCCUGAGAAUGUAACCAUUCAAAGACACUUUCUUAGUGCACGUGGUAUUAACUCCAAGACAUUUCAGUGGUAGAGGCCGGCGGUUUUCUUCACUGCCCAUCGUGGGCCCCACCAGCCAGCACCUUGGCCUCCUCAGCAUCUUGCAGCUCCCUCUCCCUGCUGCUUCCCCAGCCGUCCGCGGCCUCUCCAUACUCGGCCUCUCACGUUCGUUUUGCUUGAAAACACCCAGCUCCGUCUCAGCCCCUGGUCUGGUGACCUCAUCCUCCUCCAGGAGCCGGAGCUGCCCCUCCCUGCCGGGGACGGCCAGGCUGUGGGACAGAGGAGCGUGAGUGCUGGUGGCAAGUUGGAAGUCUCCCUCCUGCUCCACCCCGGCAUCUGGAGGAGUGGAGGCCAAGAAGGGGACCAAAUCGAUGGUUUCACAGCCCUUGCCCAAGUCUCCACACAAUUAGCUGCUCGCCCUCUUUGCCCAGGGCUGGUGUCCCUCCGCAGGUGUCAUUUCUAUUGUUAAUUAGUACCCAUACCUGUUUCCCCCACUUUUUUUCAUUAGUGGAAUUCUGUUAGCACACGGUGUGUUAUAUGAGUGAAGGAGAAAUUGCGUAUUUUUUACCAAGAAUCUCUUUAAUAAAAGAAUGAGGGGUA